GCGGGCAGUGCACGGGCAGGAGCAUGGGUCUGGCCAUGGAGCCCCGCGGGGCCUACUCCCGGGCGGGGGACAGCCCCCGGGGCUGCUGGUAUUACCUGCGCUACUUUUUCCUCUUCGUCUCGCUCAUCCAGUUCCUCAUCAUCCUGGGCCUGGUCCUCUUCAUGGUCUACGGCAACGUGCACUUGAGCACGGAGUCCAACCUGCAGGCCACCGAGCGCCGCGCCGAGAGCCUGUACAGCCAGGUCGUGGGGCUGUCGGCCGCCCAGGUCAACCUGUCCAAGGAGCUCAACAUCACGGCGCGCACCAAGGACAACAUCAUGCAGAUGCUGCUCAGCGCCCGCCGCGAGCUGGAGCGCAUCAACGCCAGCUUCCGCCAGUGCCAGAGUGAGCGGGCCGUCUACAUCAGCAGGGAGAAAUACAUAGUCGCCAUCAUCCUGAGCGAGCAGGAGUGCCAGGAACAGCUGAAACAGGCCAACAAGUCCUGCAACGCCUUGCUCUACGUGUGGGACCAGAAGGCCAAGGCGCUGGAGAUGGAGCUGGCCAAGGAGAAGGUGGUGUGUGCCCAGGACAAGGAGGGCCUGCUGGCCAGCAAGCGAGCGGCGGAGCAGCAGCUGGCGGCCUGCAACCAGGUGCGCGAGCAGCAGCAGCAGGAGCGGCAGCUGGCCCAGGACCGGCUGCAGAAGGUGCAGGCCCUCUGCCUCCCGCUGGACAAGGACAAGUUCGAGACGGACCUGCGCAACCUGUGGAAGGACUCCAUAGUCUCCCGCAGCCUGGAGACCUUGGGCUACGGCAUGGGCUACCCCAUGAUCUCACAUUCGGAUGUGAUCUCCAUCCGGAGAACCUGCGACCAGAUGCCCAGCAUCAUGAGCACCAAGGUGGAGGAGCUGGCCCGGAGCCUGCGGGCCGGCAUCGAGCGCGUGGCCCGCGAGAACUCGGACCUCCAGCGCCAGAAGCUGGAGGCCGAGCAGAGCCUGCGAGCCAGUCAGGAGGCCAAGGAGCAGGCGGAGAAGGAGGCCCGGGCCCGCGAGGCCAAGGUCCAAGCCGGAUGCACCCAGCAGGUGCAGCUGGCCCUGGAGGAGAAGGCGGUGCUGCGGAGGGAGAGGGACAACCUGGCCAAGGAGCUGGCGGAGAAGAAGCGAGAGGUGGAGCAGCUGAAGAUGCAGAUGGACGUCAGAAUCUCGGCCCUGGACACCUGUCUCAAGGCCAAGUCACAGUCGAUCCCCCUUCCAAGACCGGUGGGCCCUGUCCCCCAGCCCCAGCCCCAGCCCAUCGACCCAGCGAGCCUAGAGGAGUUCAAGAAGAGGAUCCUGGAAUCCCAGCGGUCCCCUGCAGGCAACCCUGCAGUCCUGUCCAGUGGCUGAGGACGGUGGCGAGGAGCGAGGGGCAGGCGCCCAGCUUGCCGGCCCGCCUGCGACAGCGCAGAAGGACCCUCUCCUCCAGGGCCCAGGCCAGCAGCCAGGAGGCCCCCCUCACCUGCUCCAAUCGCCUCUCCCAGCCCCACACCGCACCCCACAGUCCCUCACCCCUAGACACGGUGAUGAGGUCGCCCACAGCUGCAGCCACGAUGUCACAAAGCCAGGGACAAUGUUCCCCUGAAAGUCCAUGGCAACAUCAUACACAGAUGCAGCCAUGUCACACAGACACAUGGAGGGUGUCACAGAGAGCGGUCACUGCACACAGUGACAAUGCCACACACCUAUGCAGCACCCACAUUACACUCACGUUAUACUCACUUUCUGCCCUACGCCAGGGGCCAAGGCACCACAGCGUCACCCUGCGUUCCGCACAGCCCUGUGUCCCACCAUCCCCUCCUCCAACUUCCUUAUCUCCCAGCGCCUGGACCAGGGAGGUGAGAACAGGAAGCCAUUCACCUCCAACCCUUUGAGAGUUUCCAGGCUCCCUUGAGAGUUUCCAGGCGCACCUCCUGGAGAGUUUCCAGGCUCCCCUUGUGAGGGAGAGCCUGGUCCAGGGGUGAGGGUCCAGUGCGGAGAGCGUCCCCUUCCCUCCACCCCCUCCCCACCCAGCCCUGCCUGUGGCCUGUUAUGACACUAGUGGCACCUAAUAAA